AUGGCCCAGGUCUCUCAGGUGGUGUUGAGUCUGGACGCGGGAGCAGUUGGAGAAUUAAAGAACGGGAUCAACUUUAAGAAAAAUCAGGAUGGAAAAUGUUUCAUCAUUUAUAAGAGCAGUGAGGAGAUCAGAGCCUGCAGGAACCAGUGCAAACACCAGAGAGGAAUCUUCAUCACCGACAUCGAGGAUCUGGAUAAAAGGACGGUUAAGUGCUCUAAACAUAACUGGAAGUUGAACGUGGCGACCAUGCAGUACGUCAAUCCUCCGGACAGCUUCAUGCAGGACGAACUCGAGGUGGUACAUUGUGAAGAUGGCAGGUUGGAGCUGGUGGAGUUAAACCCUCCUGACCCUUGGACAGCUGAUCCCAGACCAGCAGAAGAACUAAAGCCUGGAGAGGUCAUGCUAACCUACAUCACACACGCCUGUAUGGAGCUGAAGGCGGGUGCCAGGCGGAUGAUGUUCGACCCGUGGUUGAUGGGGCCGGCCUUCGCCCGCGGUUGGUGGCUUUUACACGAGCCGCCGUCUGACGCUCUGAAGAGGCUCUACAGCGCCGACCUGAUCUACAUCAGCCACAUGCACUCAGACCACCUCAGCUACCCCACACUGGAGCAUCUGGCUAAUAACAGACCAGAUAUUCCUAUUUACGUUGGCGACACGUCCCGCCCCGUUUUCUGGUAUCUGGAGAGAAGUGGAGUGAAACUCACCAACAUUAACGUCACGCCCUUCGGAAUCUGGCAGAACGUGGACGAUGAUUUGAGGUUCAUGAUCCUGAUGGAUGGAGUUCAUCCAGAAAUGGACACCUGCAUAAUCGUAGAAUAUAAAGGUCACAUGAUUCUGAACACGGUGGACUGCACACGCCCCAACAACGGCCGACUCCCCGCCGGAGUGGACCUGAUGCUGAGCGACUUCGCUGGAGGAGCUUCAGGAUUCCCCAUGACCUUCAGCGGAGGGAAAUAUACCGAAAGCUGGAAGGCCGAGUUCAUCAGAAACGAGAGGAGGAAGUUACUGAACUAUAAAGCUCAGCUGGUAACAUCACUGCACCCUAAAGUGUACUGUCCAUUCGCUGGGUACUUCACUGAGGCGCAUCCAUCCGACAGGUAUAUAAAGGAGACGAACACGAAGAACAGCGCUGAGGACCUGAACGCUCUGAUCAACACCAAAAACAGUCAGAUCAUCACCUGGACUCCUGUACCGGGAGCAGUACUGGACCUGGCACUCGCCCUCUCACACGGUGAUGCAGUGAAGGAUCCACCGAAAAACACCAAGGUUUUAAAGAACAACUGGGACUUCAACCGUUACCUCAAAGUCCUAAAAUCUGCGGUCUCGUCCCAAAUCUUCAACCACAAAGACUGGAUCCAGUUCUACUACAAAUGGGCCUCGUUCAAAAACUACAACCUAGUGAUUAGGUUGAUCGAGACGGACGACGACUUCCAGCCGUUAGCAGGCGGCUACGAUUAUCUGGUGGAUUUUCUGGAUCUUUCAUUCCCGUCUGAGCGGCCAAAGAGGGAACACUCGUACAUCGAGAUGUGUAACAGGGUGGAUGUGAUGAGGUACACAGUGGUGAACGGGUUACUGUGGGACGAUCUGUACAUCGGGUUCAACAACCGAAUCAGCCGAGACCCAGACGUCUACCAUCACAAGUUUUGGAAACACUUUCAGUCGGAGUUGCCCCUGACUCCGCCCGACUGGGACGCGUUCCUGAAGAGGGCUCCGGCUCAGAAGCCUCGUCACGGCGGCGUGUUCUCCUACCGCACGGUGUUAGCCGUCCCCGUUCUCUCGGCGCUGUUUUACUGGUUUAUUCAGAAUAUGACAACAGUGCAGUGGUGA